AUGGCUGCACUCAUCACAGAGAACUUUAAGUUUGUGUCACUCUUCUUCAAGAGUAAAGAUGUGAUGAUCUUUAAUGGGCUGAUCGCUCUGGGCACUGUGGCCAGCCAGACUGCAUACAAUGUUUUUGCUUUUGAAUGCCCAUGUUCCUCUGGGAGGAACCACCGCUAUGGCCUGGCUGCCAUUGGUGUACCAGCGCUGGUAUUUUUCCUCGUCGGAAUAAUGAUGAACAGGAGCACCUGGGACCUGGUGUCUGAGUGUCGGCUCAGAAAGUGCCGGAAAUUGUCGGGAGCCGCAGCUUUUGCUAUACUGGGAACAAUCAUUGGUCGAAGUGUGGUGGCUCCACUAACCUGGUCAGUUAUCUCUUUGCUGCAGGGCCAGGCGUACACGUGUGCCCUCAGUGAGUUUGUUGACCCCAGUACAGUGGAGGGCUUUCCCUCAGAUCAGGGGCCAGAGGUAAUGGCGAAAUUCCCGUGUCGAGAAAGUGUUCCAAAAGAGCUGCAAGGCUUCUGGGAUGAAAUUAACCGAAGACUGAAAUAUGAAUCUCAGCUGAUAGGCUGGCUACUGGUGGCAGGAAUAUGUCUGAUGGUGUUCCUGAUGCUGUGUAUGAAGCGCUGCUCAUCUCCACUUGGCUACCUCCAGGAGGACUACUGGUCCCAGUACCGCUCUAAUGAAAAUGCCCUCUUCCAAAACACGGCAGCCAUCCAUGCCCGCCUCCUGGCUGCAGAGAAUGUUAAGAGCUUCUUUGGCUUUGUGGCAGGCACUGAGGAAGAUAAAGCGCAACUGGCUGAGCACCAGAAGGCUAGUCCUAUCUGCAGCACUAACUGGAACAGAGUGACUGGUGUCUACCUCUACAGGGAGAAGCAUGGACUGCCUCUGUACAGCAGGCUCAAUAAAUGGUCCACAUACAGCCUGGAGAAUAACGAGGAGGCCAUGGAGAAAGAGAUGGACAUGCUCAGCUGA